AUGACGCACACACCGGAGAAAGUGGAGGUGACAGAGCAAGUGAGUGACGGCGAGUCAACUGAUAGCUGGUUCAGCGUGCCCACUCCCUCCACUGCACGCAGCCGUUCCGGGAGCCCGCUGCCGGCGGAGGCGGUGGUGGCACCGGAGGAGUUGGCGACGAUCUAUGCAGAGUUGGAGGAAAAGUGGGGCCGCUGUGUGGCUUUAUAUGUCCACGGCUCCACGAUUUUCGCCAACCACGUGCCACAAGACUUGGACCUCAUCGCUGUGGUUGAGGAGCCCAAACAUGAGCUGGCGCAGGAUUCGCCGGAUUCGCAGUUUGUGCUGGGCCGCUGUGAGGUCUCUGUCUAUGCAAAGGAGUGUUUCCUUCAAAAACUGGAGAACAUGGAUCUCACGAUGCUCACCUGUCUGAACACCCCUGAGCGCUUCGUGCUGAAAGCCUUAGAAGAUCCCAGGGUCAGCAACCUGAAGAUUGAUCUGGAUCUGCUGGAGGCCUCCGUCAUCUCCUAUGCGGUCUUCACUUGGAAGAAGUUCCAGCGCGUGUUGGAUGAGUGGAAAGAUCCCUACAAAUCCUCCAAAAACGCCUACUUCGUCUUCCGCGUGAUGAACUUGGGCUGCCAGCUGGCUGAGCAUGGCCGCAUUCAGGAUCUGAAGGCAGUCAAUGCCAAGUGGGAUGUGGUGCGCCGGGUCUAUGAUGACUUGAACAUCCAGCCAGGGGAUUCCAAUGUGGUCGAAGCCGUCUUGGCGCACGACUUCCUGCUGACACUGCGAGAUUUCCAGAAGCAGAUCGAAAGGGCCAAAUCAGCUGGAGGAGCCACCGGGCCCAGCGAAGCCCAGCCAAUCCUGGACACCUGCGCAGUGUGUUUGGAGCAGAAAGAGGAGUCGGCCACAGCCAACGACACUGGCAUGCUCUCAUCCAGCGGCUGGGUCAGGUUGGUCAAUUGCAGGCAUUGCUUCCAUGCCAGCUGUAUCGCGCAGUCCCUUCGUGUGCGACCCGACCACCCGGUGUGUCCCAUGUGUCGUGCCUCUGUGAGGAUGGAUGGGAGCUCCAAUCCCAAUGUGCUGAAGUGGUUCCGUGAGCAGGUCCGGGCUAGCAAGCGCUCCAGGUAUUCCUAUGCCGGAUAUCCUGCGACCCUUCGGAUCCGGGAGCCCGUAGAGGGACAAGCACCAGCACCACGAGUUGAAGGCUUCGCCAGUCUCGGGGACGCCUGCUUGCGUUUAGCAGAGGCAUGGUGUCAAGAAGCCGAGGCGCUCAAUGACCAGGGCCGCUUCAAAAUGGCGGCAGAGGUCUACAAGCGGGCCAUGUCCUUGCCAGUCCUGCCGACAAAGCGAUUUGCAGAGAUUCAAGGCUUUAGGGCCAAGACGUAUCGAAGACUGGCAGAGAAUAAGAAGGUGUCUUCCCGAAAGCAGGGAGACAAUGACGAUGGGGAGGAGGAUCCUCUGGUGGGGAUGGCUGCAGAGUGGGCCAUUCAAGAGGCCGAAGAGGCGUUGGAGAAGGAUCCCAAGUGCUUUUUGGCCGCCUGGGAGGGAGCCAUCGCGGCCAAGCACAUUGGUUGGUGGAAUAAGGGCCGGCAGUUGGCCAAGAAGGCCAUGCAGGCAGUGCCCCAUGGGCCGCAGCACCGCGCGGAGCGGGAGACUGCGAGCACACUCUUUCUCCUUAUGGCGGAAGAAGAGCAAGAAGAGAAGCAAAGGAAGGUCUUGGAGAUGCAACAGAGCAAACAGCAAGCAGAGCCUGAAGUCGAUGCCAAGGAGGUGGAAUGGGCUCGAGGGGUUGCCAUUCAGCUGAAUGAGGCUCUUAAGGCUGAAGAUUUCAAGAGGCCGCAUCAUCAGAUCUGGAAGCUCAUCGGACCCGGUCUCAAAAAGAAGGACGCAGAUAUGCUCUUUAGCGAGAUCCGACAGCUGGUUUGGGAAAAGUGGAACCCCAUUGCCUGGCAGCAUGGCUAUCGCACCUCCUGGGAUACCUUGGCCAGGAAAAGCUUUUGUGCCCGUGUGGUGGACGUCGCAAACGCCGACGUGGCUGAGGUGAAGGCCUUGGUAAGAGAAAUGGAGGAUCGAACGUGUUUGGAGUGGCCAGACAUUGCCGAAGCGGUCGAGAAGAUCAAGUACGACGAGACCUGGGCCUACACGAAGCGCGAGGAUGGUACCUGGGGAACGUGGAACGGGCCAACCUCCUUGUGA